GGGUAUUGCCGUAGUGCGUCCGCGUCCUAUCUGUUGUUGCUAAGAUACCCGAACCUUGUUUUGUUUUUUUCGUCGCAAUGGCUGAAAGAAGUUCGAAUAAAACGGUCCGGUCUGUCUUUUCAAAGACAGAGAAUCGUCCAUCCUCCACCAGUAAGGCAGGGAAGGCAAAGAAAGUUCAGUUCAGACCGCAGGCAAAGUCUGCCUGUGAUCUAAGCAAAACCCCCCCACAUGACCUUUUAUCAAAGGAAGAGGAGUACAGAUUAAUAAAUGUGGAGCUUGAAGCCAAAACAGCAGAUCUAGUGAGACAAACAGAACAACUCAUGAGAGAACAAAGUGAAGUUCUGUCAAGGCCCUUUUCAAAUGUCCUUCUCUCUGACACCGAAGACAUUGACGAUUCAAGUAUAACGCAGUUUGAGCCAUGUCUUGUGGAGGAUCCUAGCAGAAAGGUGGUGCCCAAAAAUAAAUUCACAUCGGCUGCACAAAACACAAAACAGGGAAAAAAGCCCCAGAAUAAAUCAUUAAGUGCAAAGGCGUCUCAUAAUUCUGCAGCUGGAGAUGACACUGCAGAUUUCUUUUUGGCAAAAACCAUUCAGAAACUGGAGGAGGAGAUAAAUGACACAGCUUCCAGUGAAAAUGCUGGGGAGGACGUGUGCAGCGCUGAAGACUUUCUAGGGUCAGGUGUUUCUGAUGCUCACAUUCGAAUUUUAAAAGCAAAACUAAGAAUUUUGCAGGAGGAACUGGACCAACUGUCACAUGAAUAUUAUAAGAAGGAUGAUGAAAACACCAAUCUGUGUGCAAAAAUUAAGGAGCUUGAGGAAGAUCGCACCAGGCUGCAGAGGACCACAAACAUUCAGCAAACACAGAUUGAGAAGCACAAAGCUUUAGCUGAAGAUUCCUCCAAAAAAUGUGAUGCUCUUCAGCUGCAAGUGUCUGCUUUAAACAAGGAAAUAGAACAUUUAAAAAGAUCCCAGAAACAGGCAGCAGGUGUCCACAGCACAGCAGAGGUCCGCUUGAACAGAGCUCUGGAGGAGGUGGAAUGCUUAAAGACCCAGCUAAAUAAAAGCAAGCAGAUGAACAAGGACAAGAUCAGUGAGGACCAUGAGAGUAGAGAGAGACUGAUCGCUGAAAACAACACGCUUCAGAAACAGAAAGCUGAAUUGAUUGUGGGCUUCAAAAAACAACUCAAGUUAAUUGACAUUCUCAAAAGACAAAAGAUGCACUUUGAAGCUGCAAAGCUGCUGUCCUUCACUGAAGAGGAGUUCAUGAAAGCUUUAGAUUGGGGAAAGUUAUAAAUACAAAGCAUGGUAAAAAUAAAAAAAGGUUUUAAAUCUCAAAGCUGGAAUAAAAAUCUGAGCCACAGGCAUUUCACAUUUUAAAGAUCAUUUGAAAAAUCAUUUGCUUUCAACCAAUUUUAUUGAAUGUUAUGAAUCUCAGACUUAAUAAAAACAUGCAUCUUCA